GAGGUCACUUUAGCAUCGCUCAAAGGUCGUCCAUAAAUUGUAGUCUCACCGAUAUAAAUUAUUCCUAGAUGUUUACAAUUGAGUGACCAUAUAGUCGAAAAAACAACUGUACUCACUGACCACAAUACACUUGAAUAAUUCGGUAACAUGGAGUUUAUAUAUAAACUGGGUAUACCCAGCCCCUCUGAGUACUAGAUUCCAAGUUGUCCUAGUUUUAGGCUUGUUGUGCUACUGGUUGUUUUUUUUUUGUUUUUUUAUUAGGACCAAGUGCAUUUUAUGCACUUACUGAGUCUUCGGUUUACUUUUCCUCCUGUUUUUUCCACUUUCAGCUUUCCUCACGCAUACAACUCUUUGCACUCCUAUAGUACCUAAAGUACUACCAGGCUAGACGUGAACAGACACUUGACCAACUGCGUCGAUGAGGGUCACUAAGCACUUAUGGUAUCGUAUCCAGUGUUUCUUGAAAGUAACCUGUCCCACGGUAUGCCCGUCAGCGAAGUAUGGUACAAGGAUGUUGGAAAUUAAAGACGUUGAGUUGUGGGAAUUGAUACAAAAAGAAAAAGCUAGACAACGAUCAUCACUCGAAUUAAUUGCUUCGGAAGUAUGUUCCUUGGCCCAUCUGUAUGCAUUUUCAGAACUUUGUAUCACAAAGUAUUCUUGAAUGCCUUGGCUCAUGCUUAACAAACAAAUAUUCAGAAGGAUACCCCUUUGCGAGAUAUUACGGAGGAAAUGAAGUUAUAAAUGCUAUUGAGACAUUAGCGCAAUCCAGAUUAUUAGAUCUCUUCGGUCUCAGAACCCCUGGAGCAACACUUGGUGAUGCUGAGUGGGGUGUUAAUGUUCAGCCGUAUAGUGGGUCCCCAGCGAAUUUCGCUGUAUAUACCGGCCUACUUAAUCCUCAUGACAGGUUAAUGGGUCUUCAUUUACCUGAUGGUGGUCACCUUACACAUGGUUUCCAGACUUUGUCAAAAAAGAUUAGUGCCACAUCUAUUUUUUUCGAAUCUAUCCCCUACCGUCUAAAUAAGGAGACGGAACUGAUCGAUUAUGAUGCACUACAACAAGAUGCUCUUAAUGUAUUCCCAAAACUUAUAAUUGCUGGAAUUACUGCCUACCCACGAUUGCUGGAUUACAAGCGUUUUCGUCAAAUUUGUGAUUCAGUUGGAGCUGUAUUACUAGCUGAUAUGGCCCAUAUUUCAGGUCUAGUUGCUGCAAAAGUUAUCCCAUCACCAUUUGAAUAUGCAGAUGUUGUGAGUUCUACAACACAUAAAACUCUACGUGGACCGCGCUCUGGAGUCAUUUUUUAUCGCAAAAAAGAGAGAUCUGUGGAGAAACCUAAAGUAAACUGUUGCAUUCCUGUUGAUCAGUUAGAAACAAGAAUAAAUAAUGCAGUUUUCCCUGGCCUUCAGGGCGGACCACAUGAAAAUGCAAUAGCUGCUAUUGCUGCUAUGGCGUUUGAGGCAAGUAGACCUGAAUUUCAAGAUUAUGCUCGUCAGGUUUUAGCAAAUGCUCAAGUUUUGGCUAAUGCUCUUACUUCACUCGGUAUCCGCCUUGUGACAGGUGGCACUGAUGUCCAUUUCAUUCUUAUUGAUUUAUCUAACUCACCUAGUAAACCAAAACUAGGUCGGGGCGAUGGAGCACGAGUUCAAAUGAUUGGUGAUCUUGUUGGUAUUGUUCUAAACAAAAAUACAGUUGUUGGUGAUUCUAGUGCACAGCAACCAUCUGGUUUGAGAAUCGGUACUCCAGCGCUAACUACUCGUGGGUUUAAAGAAAAAGAUUUUGAAAAAGUUGCUUCAUUUAUUGACGAAUUACUUGACCUGACAGUUGUGGUCAAGUCUGCCUCAAGUAAGAUUUCCUUUCUGAGUUACUCUUUAUGAUAUAAAUAUGCCAGUGUUUGACGAAUCUCUAAAAGGAUUUAGAUGAUCUGAGAAACUGGUCCUUCAAGUACAGGUAUCCAAGCUUCCUCCCAUUUUAUAUAGCUCUGAUUACUAAUUUUUCUUCGAACCAUUCUGAUUAUUUGUACCAGUUUUCAAUACGUUAGUACGUGUUGUAAGUUGACUACAUUUUUGUAUGAACCUGUCAUAUUUCAUGUCGAUACGUUUGUUUCAUGAUAUCGUGACUUCAACUAGGUUUAUUUAUUUACGAUAGGAAUAUGAAUGAAUCCGUUACUACAGGAUCUAUACAAAUUCAUCAUAAUUAUCCUGAAACAUAAUUCUACUAUCUACGCCUUAGAACAGCCACCAAAAGACUACUGCUCCUUUUGCUUUAUGUACUUAAACUGUGAUCACAUUUCGUUUCUAUCAUGUAGGGAAUUCAUAGUUGACAGACCUCUUCAGGUACAUUGGCUAUGUCUCCACUUCCCAUCGGCUUCUGGCACACGAUACUAUUCUGAGGAUUUUCCAUAUGAUGUAAACGUAGACUAUCGAAGGGAACGAUUAUUGGUACGAUAUUCGUUUACACAUAGACUGAUAUUGAAAUAAUAUCACUAUUUCAUUUAUCCUUUCUCAGGUAUACAUUCAUUAAAGCUCGAUUUUGAUUACUACGAGUCUGUGUGCAUGUAUUUUUGUUUUUACUGUAAUCUUAUUUGUAUGAAAAAUAUGGUUUAUGGUACACAAACAUGUACUAUGAUAAACAGAUUCUUAUGAUCAAGUUCUUUUUAUGAAUUAAUAAAUCUUUUUGUCGUUUCAGAAAAUCUUAAAUCUUUCCAAAUUACCCUUCAAAAAGAUGAGCUCAUAAAAUCCAAGAUUGAGGAUUUACGUCAUCGUGUUGCUGAUUUCGCAUCUAGCUUCCCAAUUCCUGGAAUGGAAGAUAUCUGAGCAAAUCUAUGUACAGAUAAUAUCGAUUUUCAUCUGCUACUUUGUAUUCCAAAUAUUAGUUUAAUACUACUGUCCAAACUGUGAUCAGAUUUACUUAUGUUCUGUGAACUUUUGUAUCACUUGUGGUGUGAUAAUUGGAAUUUUCUUAAGCUUUGUUAAAUUCCUAGUUUAAUGUUAUGACUAUGUUUUGUUUGUAUAAUCACCCAGUAAAUAAGUUGUUUAGU